UCAGCCUCAGCGAAACGAUGAGCCGGAGCCGCCUGCACCUGCUCCAAUGACUCGAUGAGAAAGAACUCCAAGUUGGACAAACCGUUUGACCGAAUACUAAUCUCCGCGAAAACAAAAAAUCAUUCCAACUCUCGAACACCACCUGCGCUGCGCGGCUGCACCCAAAACUUCCCCAUCCGGCCAUCUCCCCCAAAAGGCUCCUCCGAUCUGAUUCCGAGCCCCGCCAGGCGCCAGCCUUCUCCCGCUGCGUCCCACGUGCGCCCCACCAUCUCGAGCCGCGAUCCCAUCCGGCGGCCCCGAUGCGGUCGCCGGCGCUCCUGGCCGCCGCCCUAGUCGCGGCGGUGCUCCUCGCUGCCGGUGCCGGGGUCGCGGCGGCCGCGACGGAGGAGGCCUACGUCACGCUGCUGUACGGCGACGAGUUCGUGCUCGGCGUGCGCGUCCUGGGCAAGUCCCUCCGCGACACCGGCACGCGGCGCGACAUGGUCGUGCUCGUCUCCGACGGCGUCUCCGAGUACUCGAGGAAGCUCCUCCAGGCAGAUGGUUGGAUUGUGAAUCGUAUAACAUUACUGGCUAAUCCGAACCAAGUUAGACCAAAGAGAUUUUGGGGUGUCUACACCAAGCUAAAGAUAUUUAACAUGACAAACUACAAAAAAGUUGUUUACCUUGAUGCAGAUACUAUAGUUGUGAAAAGUAUCGAGGAUCUUUUCAAGUGUGGCAAGUUUUGUGGAAACCUGAAGCAUUCUGAAAGAAUGAAUUCUGGUGUGAUGGUUGUUGAACCCUCUGAAACUCUUUUCAAUGAUAUGAUCAACAAAGUGGGUCAAUUGCCUUCUUACACUGGUGGGGACCAAGGUUUUCUAAAUUCAUAUUAUUCUGAUUUUGCCAACUCCCGUGUCUAUGAGCCAGACUCGCCUUUAACUCCUGAACCGGAGACACAACGCCUUUCUACCUUGUAUAAUGCUGAUGUUGGUCUUUACAUGCUAGCAAACAAGUGGAUGGUUGAUGAGAAGGAAUUAAGAAUCAUCCAUUACACGCUGGGUCCCCUAAAACCCUGGGACUGGUUCACAGCGUGGCUUGUAAAACCUGUUGAAACAUGGCAGGAUAUUAGGCAAAAACUUGAAGAAUCUCUUCCAGGAACUGGUGGGGGAAGGAACCCUCAUGACCAGCUGGUUGUCAAAAUAUUGUUCAUUCUCCCAUUUUGCUUGCUGUUAUUUGGUUAUUACCAAUCAUGUUUUCAGACAAACAAGGAGUUGAUAAGUAUAAGAUCACUAUGUGCAUUUGCUAGAAGAGCUCGCCACAAAUACAAGUCUGAAGAGUCACUUCCAUCUUAUUCAGUGGUGGGUUCAUCGUCUGUAUUUGGUAUUUCAAACCAAAGGUUAUCAAAUGGACAUUUGAAGCUACCUUCUUAUUUUGGGGUAAUCGCGGUGCUAGUCUGCUUCAUGUCUGCUGGUUUCUCUCUCGCAUUUGCUUUCAUUAUCAUUCCACGGCAGGUUAUGCCAUGGACAGGUUUGCUACUGAUGCUUGAGUGGACCUUUGUGGCAUUCUUCUUAUUGUUUGGGAGUUAUCUCCGUUUUGUCUACCGGUGGGGAAGUAUUAGUGCAAACCAUGUGGGCUUUAGCAAUUCCGAUGCAUCAGAGAAUCAUAUGGGUCCAGGCCAUCAGCGAAAUAUGUCUGACUGCGACAUGGAUGCAACAUUUUACUGGAUAGGGAUGGCAACUAUAGCUACUAUUACUGUAUUGUUACCAACUAUCUUGGGCAUAACUGCACUGUUCACAAAGCUAGGAUUAAUGGUCGCUGGUGGUAUUGUGCUGGCAUCUUUUAUGACAUACGCAGCGGAGCAUCUUGCAAUCUCAGCCUUCAACAAGGGUCAGAAAGACAGAAAUGCGUCAAGAACUCGAAGCUUUUGUUUUUAACGUUCAAGUAAAAUCCAUGUUGUAUUGUAGGUAGGUUUGUACAAAUGAUGAUUCAUUUUUAACACGUGGCUUCCUGCCCAUGGCCCCUUUUUGUAGCGCUGUUGUCACGCUAACUUGUGGUAAAUAUAUUUCCGACGUUGUUUCUGUAGCACAGUUGGCAUGGAGCUUACUGACCUGCACAAUACAUCCUGUUUAUAUUUCGACAAAAAAAAACUUCAUAUUGUUUGUAGAA